GUAUCUUGCAUAUCUGCGAAGGUAACAAUAACCGUCCAGGACAGAACUUGUAAGAUGUAUCGGCCUCAUUGUUGUGGUGUUUUGAAAGGUUGGUGAAUAAACAAAAAGGAUCAAAUGUAUUAUUUUUGGCGGGAUAUCCUUCUAUGCGGUGAUACGGAUUUUAGUAUUAACCGCCGGGAGAAUUAACGAGAUCGCUCGCGAGAUCUCAUCACAUCAACUUCCUGUUGAAAAUUAGCCACGCCUUUCAGUUCAAACUAUAAAACUUUACAACAAAUUCAAGAAGAAUUCUUACGUUGAAAAACAUAUUGCAAUGACCGCGGAUGAAUCGCAUGAUUACAGAAAGAAGCAUGCUAACUCCUUCAACUGUUCGUAAAGUUAGGGGACUGAAAUACACCAAGUAUACAUGGAAAGAUGUGGGAGGCUGACUUUGUUUACGUACAGCGAACAGUAAUCCAUGAAUGAUGUCGGUAUUUGUGUGAAGACGUACACGAUAUGUGAAGCCACAUUAACAUUUAAAAUGCUUACAUUGGAUGUUAGCAGGAUAAAUGACAUGCAAUCAAACAAUCGAGCAUUAGACAAGUUAUGAGAUUUUAAUUUAAUCACUUUUACAUAGGUCGUCUUUGUUACAUUAUCAAAAACUUUUUGCCUAGUCUGUAUUUAAAGAUUUUUUACGUUUUUUUUUUACAUUUUCUUUUAUUUGUUGGUGCUUAUUAAGUUUUAUGUAAUGAAAUGAAUAGUGGACAUUCGCGUGCGAUCGCAAAUACUUGCGAACGAAGUCAGACUAAACUUCAGAUGAUAGCAGAAAUGUUGCUUCUGUCUUGUGAGGCCCGUCCAUUACGAUCAUGUUUUUCUAGUCAAAUUGUUAGUCCGUCCUACCUCCACGAGAGAAUUUCAGCCACUGUGAAAACCAUCAUGACUCUGAUGAAGGCAAUCCUAGCCCAUGUACAUAUGAUCUCCACCAAAUGGCUCGAGAUAUGUGAAGGACUUCAGGAAUUGAGUUCUACGACAAUCAACUUGAUUGAACUAUGCAGUCACACUGCCUACCUAGUUGCCGUGGAUUUUCCCGGCUGUGAACUGGCAGAGGAUGGACUUGUUGACAAAUACACUGUACUGUUGUCAGGCUUAGAAAUUAAGAUAAGCUGCAACAGACUGAAGCGUGCACGGAUAGAAGAUUUAACCCCACAGCUUAUAAUAGAUCUGUGUUCCAAUAUCUCACGUCACAUCUCCGUAAUAACGGAUAUAUGUCGUCUGGCAGGAGAAUCUGUUGAGGAGGAAAGCACAGCAGAUCAGUUUAAGCUUUGUGUAAAAAGUGUGACUUGUGCUGCAGGGUGCCUAAUAGCCAGUAUCAAAUCUUAUAAGUCGCAUCCUAGCAACACGCAUCAUUCCAGGGUGAUCGUUUUCUGUGAGCCUGUUCUAGCAGCAUCCAAUGCACUCGUCAGUUUUGCUACAGAGGAUGAUUUUACAGGAAAGCAAGCUCUACUUACAUCGAAGGCAAGAGAUACACAAAAGGCUAUACUAGGAUCCUGUAUGAGUAUCGUGUCGGCCUGCAUCCAGCUCAGCAAGACGGUUCGAGAUCUUGUGUAUGACGUCAUGAAGCCACACCACAGAGAGAAACUCCACAUGUGUACAAAUUCUGUUGAGCGUGCUUCGUCAAAAUUGCACGACCUCUUGGAUCAACACAGUAUUAAUGAAAGAGCCCUAGAAUUAUGUAAGGAAAAGGACAGGGAAAGCCCUAAAGAUGUGUUGGGGGAAGGUGAUGACAGUUACCAUAGCGACAGUGCUUCUACCUCCACUGUAUCUGAAAACUCCGGAAACUCAACAGCGUCAAGAUGAUGUAGUAGUAUUUAGACAUCUCCCUCCGGCCUUCCACAUCUCACAAUCCCUCCCUGACUCUACUAUUUCUUACUUCCUUUUCUCGUCUUGUCACUCUACCAACCCCCUCUCUCCAAUUUCUCUUUUCUUUUUUCAUUCCCUCACUCUACCAACCCCCUCUCUGUCCUAUUUCUCUUUUCCUUUUUUCUUUCUCUCGCUCUACCCUCCCCUCUCUGUCCUAUUUCUCUUUUCCUUUUUUCAUUUUCUCACUCCACCCUCCCCUCUCUAUUUCUUGUUCUCUCACUCUACCCUCCCCUCUCUCUAUUUUCUCUUUUCAUUUUUUCAUUCUCUCACUCCACCCUCCCCUCUCUAUUUCUUGUUCUCUCACUCUACCUUCCCCUCUCACUAUUUCUCUUUUCAUUUUUUCAUUCUCUCACUCAACCUCCGCUCUCUCUCCUAUUUCUCUUUACUUUUUUUCAUUCUCUCACUCGUUCCCUCCCCUCUCUCCUAUUUCUUGUUCUGUCAAAAAUGUUAGAUCAAUUUCUGUUGUUCAGGGGACGGAAACUUGGCCUAACUUAUACCUUCUCUUUAUCCCUCCAACAUUUCUUCAAAACUCUUUCCCUUUUUGUGUUCCUUCCUUCUGCUCCACAUUUGGCAUAUUAAAUGUUUGAUAAUCAAAUUUAAGUGAUUUUUUUUUGUAUCUUGAGAAUUUCAAUGCUUGCAUGUACUUCUCUAUAACUCACUGUAAUUACAUGUUAUCAAAUGUGCUGUAAAUUUUAUAUUGAUGUGUAAAGAACUCGCUCAAAAUAGAAACUGUUUACACAAAUCUACCAGUAAGAUGAUAUAAUUACGGUAUGCUUAUCACUCAUUUUGGUUACAAAUGUUAUUGUAUACUGUUUUACACAGACUUGCCACAAAUUCCCAAAUGAUGUCCAUAUAUAUGUGUUAUGUACGUACACACACACAUAUAUAUAUACGUACAGUGUGUAUAUAUAUAUACAGAGGGCCCGCAGUGGCCGAGUGGUUAAGGUGUCCCAACACUUAAUCACUAGCCCUCCACCUCUGUGUUGCACAUUAUAAACCUAUUUGGGUCUGUUGCCAGGUACUGACCGUAGGUCUGUAUUUUUCUCCAGGUACUCUUGCUUUCCUCCAUCUCCAAAACCAGGCACAUCCUUAAAUGACCCUGGCUGUUAAUAGGACAUUAAACACAAACAAACAAACAAAUAUAUAGAGUAAAACAUGUGGGUACUUUGUGCAUCAAUUAAAUAGUUGCAAAUAUAACUUCAACAGGACAACUGUUGUGUUUUCCUUGUAGUGACUUGAACUGUAAAAACAAGAAAAUAUUUUACGUUAUAGUUUGCCCAACAUUUAAAAAACAUUAUAUCGGCCAAACAGGGAAUAUGCUAAGGGAGAGAGUUCAGGUACACAAACAACAGUUGUGUAACCCGGAAACACCCAAAAUUCCACUUACCGGGUAGUGAACACCUUGAUAAUUGUGGCAAAGGGACAGUCUGUGUAUAUAUAUAGCCCUUUUACAAAAUGGUGGAUACUUGUAUCACUAAAAGACUUUGCUAGGAAGAAAUGUAAGUGCAAAUAUUUAAACCGAAAUUGAAUGCAAAUUGAUUUUUGUUAAAAUAUUUAAACCGAAAUUGAAUGCAAAUUGAUUUUUUUUAAAUGUUUACUUUCUCAAACAACACUAAACGUUCACCAAACUAAUGUGAUAACACUUUAAUUAGUAACGUUCUCUCCCCAGGUGUUAUAUUGUAUGUGACUUCAUAAUGUGGUAACCAAAACCUUAAAUAAAUGGAUCGCCUGAAGAUGGCCAUUAGGCCUGAAAAUGUUAGCGAAACACAACAGUUGUCAUGUUGAAUUCAUAUUUUUCAACUAUAUAUAUAUAAUUAUAUAAAAAAUUUAAAAAAAAGAUAAGACUUUGCCAAUGUUUAAAGUCAAAUAGUUAUUUCUCAAAUCUUAUAAGUCAAAUAAUUCUCAGACCUGAAGGGUUAAAACAUAUUUGUCAAAUAGACAUGUCCCUUUAAUCUUCGAGGUCAAAUCUCAUUUUGGAGAGACAAAACUACUCUCAAGGGUCUACUGGAAGUCCUGAUUUUGCCUCAAUCAUUUUAUUUCAUUGUGAUUAGAACAAAAAUAAGGAUUGACCAAUAACACUGUCAUUGGUAAUAGGACCGUUGUUUGUGCCAGGCCCCAUUCGGAUCAUCCUUGGGUUGGCUAUACCUGGGGGGAAAAAAAAACGAGGAGUUACGGAUGUACCAGGUCCCUGUAAUCAUUGUUUAUCAAUAUUGACUUCCUGGGCCAAAGGAAAAUGUUUAUGAAAGAAAACUCUAAAACUAGUCUCGGUGUAUUAAGUGCCAUAUAUUUUUUUCCGAAUGUUUAAUGGGAGUUACUGCCCCUUACGUAUGUGCGUCACCUGAUAUUUCCUUUUUAGGAUUUCAGUAGAGAGAAUAGAUUUCUAUAUGUAGUGACAAAUUGAACUUAGAGAAGAUUAAUAUGAUACCUUGGUAUACAUCAUUUGACACACGACCAAUGCCACUUGACACACUACUGAUGUCACUCGACAUACUUUUGCUGCCACUCGACAUACGACUGAUGCCGAUUGACACAAGAUUGAUGUAUUUCGACACAUGCCCGAUGUCACUUGACACACUACUGAUGCCACUCGACAUGCGGCUGAUGCCACUUGACACACGACUGAUGCCACUCGACUUACGACCGAUGCCACUUUACACACGACUGGUGUCAUUUUACACAUGACACAUGUCCCUCAGCACAAGACGAUGUCACUUGACACAUGACUGAUGUCACUCGACACACGACUGAUGUCACUUGAUGUAUAAUAUCAGGUAUAUAAUAAAAAUUGCUGUAUCAUCACUUCAGUAAUAUUCACUAGGUAAGCCAAACAUGUACCUUGCUCUGCAAUCAAGAAUGAAAAGGCCAUUCCAUACUCAUUACCGGGUAAUAUAUCGUUUGUCCAUAGGCCUCCUGUUUGGUAUGAUAUACUGUAACUAAUGACCUAUACAUUAAUAUACAUGUAUAUCGCAAUAUAAACAUUUGUAAUAGACAUAUUUGGGUGGUGCAAUUUUUAAACGAACAUUAAUGUCUGUUUAUUUAAUGUCAUUAAGUGUUGUAUUUGGUGCUCACUUUACCGUAUUGUAUAUAUCCUUGAUACUCGAGGAAUAACAUUUACAUUUACAAAGCGCCCCUGGAAUGUAUGUCGCGGCAAAAUUGAUGGCACAUUCAAAUUCACCGCCAUCUCGUGAACUUUUGAUCUUGAGGAAAUCAUAGUCAUGUGCCAUUUAUUUUGUAAUGAUAUUUCCAGGGAUGCAUAUCUAGACUACAAGUGUGAAAAUGAAUUUAACCCGAGAUAAACUCAAUGGUUUAUGUACCAUGUGAUCUGUAACAUUAAACUCAACGGUUUAUGUACCAUGUGAUCUGUAACAUGUGAACGGGUUUAUUAAUCUGGUUUCAAAAAUUUUCUAUUUAGUUUUCCAGUUUUGCAGGGUAUAAAACUAAUACAGAAUUGCACAUGAGCAUUAUUUGAUAUGAUCUGGGAUCUAUUAAAAGAUUUUUCGAUAAUUUGAUAUACAUUAAUAAGUCAAGUUUAAUAGAUUAUUUUCGUAAUUUAUUUGUAAUGGUGGUUUAUCUUAUCAUUAAUAAAUGAAGUUUGAUAAAUUCCAUGAUACAAGCUCCUACUUAUUACAUAACUCAUUAUAAGAAAAUAAGGAACAUUUUUACUUACGAGAAAAUAGUGGAACUUUCAGAGUUACUUCCCUUUAAGGAAGACUAAUUUUAAAUUGGACAGUACAAUCAUGUGGCAUCAUGUAGAUGUCAUAUAUUUAUGGCGUCACAAUAGUAUUAUUACGUGUGUCUUACAAUAUUUAUGACAUUGCUCUAUGAUAUGACAGAACAGGCCAGUAAUUUCUAAUCAUCACAAUUUUUCUACUCAGCAUCACAUGAAUUGUCCCAAUGAAGAACAUUAGAAAAGUAACCUAUACGGUUGUGUUUUAAAAUCAUCUGUUUUGUGAAGGCGAAAAUAAUAACUGUUUGUUAAAAAACUUGAGCAGAUUAAAUUUCAAUGUUUUUUUUUUGUUUUUGUUGUCCCCUUGAGUAACUUGUCAUCAUUAUUCAUUAAUUAGUUCAGAAAAGUGAAGAAAAAUAAUUCAAUUGUUAGUGAAAAGAAUGUUCAAUCAUUUGUUUGUUUACUCUCAAAUAGAAGACAUCUUUAGUAUAUAUUAAGAAAAGGUUGCUUGAAAAUAUCUCAAGAUAAUAAAAAAAAGUUUUGUGGUUAAAAAGUUUUGAAAUAUUUACCUCAUAUUUUCCAUGUUUAUUUGUGGUGGCGACAGUAAAUUGUAAACGACUGUUAAAUAUCUGUGUUGAAGUAUUAUAUACAUGUACCUCACUUUUAUACGAUAGGCUUAAAUGAAUGCGUGAGAUAACAAAUGUUAAUUCCAGGAUUCUUUUGGUAUAUUACUGUAUUUAUCUAAUAUUAAGCCAAUUAACAUCUGGCAAUAAGAACACACGUGCACAUUUACAUUGAAAUUUGGUAUAUUGCUAAAUGUGUUAUUUCAUUUUACUAAAAAUUAGGCCCACAUUAUCGACAGAAGACGGUAACAGUGGAGGUAUCAUAAAAUGUAAAUGCGGAAUUGACUUAGAAGGAAUAAUCUGCCAGGGCUAUAUGUUGCCAUUUAUUACAGUUCUUGGUUCCUUUUAAUUAGCCCACUACGUGUGAAAUGGGGGGACUAUAGGUUUCUUGUCCGUCUCUCCGUCCAUUCAGUUUUCUGUACUUUUUCAGCCAUGCUUCAAGGUAUGUUUAAUUGGUGAAAGUAUGUAACUUCAGUAUGAGUAGCUACAAAUCAAGUUCGUAUUUCAGGGUUUUUGGGUCAAGGUCACUGUUACAUUUUUUUAGCGGGAGCCAGUAGGGGACAUGUAUUGCUUCAGCAAUACCCAGCAUGCUUGUUUUUAUUUUAUUUAAAAAAAAAAAUUUAAUUUUUUUUUUUUUUUGAAAUUGUGGGGAAUUAUAUUUCAAAUAUAUGUUGAAUGCUAUGUACAAAUUGUGUAAUAUGAUGUGUUCAGUAAGAGUUAUAAUGAUUUCAUGAAUAUUUAUAAGACAUAUUGUUCUUUGAUAAACAUGUACAUAUAAUUCAAAAUAUAAGUUCAGGUUUAUGAGGACUACGUACAUGAAGAGGUUGGUGCAAGAUCUAUAGCAAUAAACAGCAAUAUUUGGUCCCCAGUAGUUUUGUCAAUAACAUUUUCAAUUUCUUUUUAUCUUGAAUUUGUUUUAUUUAUUUUCCUGAAAACUUUCUUUUUUUAAUUUUAACUCAAGCAUCAUGGCAAUCAUCUUUUUCGAAGAUUUUGAAAAAAGCAGUAAGAAAGUAUUGUAAUAUAAGGUUGGAUCGAAUAUUUAUAUUCUCGCUUAUAAUACAUUGAUUUCGAAUAUUAGCAAUUCAUUCUUAGGAAUAAUUUUCCUUUUGAUUAAGUAGUUCAGCGAAUGUUGUGAAUUAUUCUGAAACCUCCAAUCUUAUAAUAACUGAAACUGUUAAUAGAAUCUCGGAGAGUCGAUUGAAAUAUUUAUUUUUUUCAUUUUUAUUAUAUUUGUGUUUGUAAACUUCUUUCAAAUGAUAAGAAUUGAUGUAUUACCAAUGACUUGUACAUUAACUCUCACAGAGAUUUGUAUAUGAUAAUUUUUACACUUGAUCUGAGUCGGCUGUAUCAUUAUAAAAACUAUUAAAAUAUCAAUUGAACUAA